UUUCAUACCAUACUUUGCAUUCCGCCUUUUUCUGUGAAACACGACCCUUCUAUUUUUUUGUCCCCGAAACACGCACGAACCACGACGCAAAUCUCCCACACAUACGAAACCGCGAGGAGAGGGGAGCGUGUGCCCGUGAAAGCGGAGCGGGGUGAGCCUUUUGUGAGCUGUGUUGUGGCCGGAGCCGUCAUCAUUGCGUCGGAGUGGAGUUGCCGUAGCAGCCCUGACGGGGCGCAGGAGGAAGGCGAUGGAGAGGGUCUGGCCGACGGCGCAGACCGUGCACUGGACGGGGACCCAGAAGGGGUGUGGAGUCCAGACAUUGAGCAGAGCUUUCAGGAAGCUUUGGCCAUCUACCCUCCUUGCGGCAGGAGGAAGAUCAUACUGUCGGAUGAGGGGAAGAUGUAUGGUCGGAAUGAGCUGAUAGCUCGUUAUAUCAAGCUACGAACGGGGAAGACACGCACACGAAAACAGGUGUCUAGUCACAUUCAGGUUUUGGCACGUAAGAGGGUACGAGAAUACCAGGCAAGCAUCAAGGCCAUGAACUUGGACCAGGUAUCCAAAGACAAGGCGCUGCAGACAGUAGCCAACCUCUCAUCAGCGCAGAUCGUGUCUGCGACUGUCAUGAAACCCCAGACUCCGUUCCCUCCACCAGUCAGAUUUUGGCCCGGCCCUAUGCCAGGACAGCCUGGACAUUCUCAGGACAUCAAGCCUUUUGCACAGCCACCAUACACUACACUACCAGCGCCUGUCCCUGCACCCAUCAGUUAUGAGGCCUUGCCUCCCCCUCGCCCUGCAGCUAUAGCAGCUCCUGUAUGGCAGGACAGAACCAUUGCUUCAUCAAAACUACGGCUACUGGAGUACUCUGCUUUUAUGGAGACCCAGAAAGACAGAGAGACGCAUAAACACCUUUUUGUACACAUUGGACCUUCAAACCCGGGCUACAGCGACCCGGUAUUGGAGUCCAUAGACGUGAGACAAAUUUACGACAAGUUUUCCGAGAAGAAAGGGGGUCUGAAGGAGCUGUACGAAAAAGGGCCUCACAAUGCGUUCUUUCUCGUCAAGUUUUGGGCGGACCUGAGCAGCGACAUUGAGGAGGGCUCUGGUGUGUUCUACGGUGUGAGCAGCCAGUACAGUGGACCAGAAAACAUCACUAUCAGUGUUUCAACAAAGGUCUGCUCUUUUGGCAAACAGGUGGUGGAGAAAGUCGAGACAGAAUAUGCACAUUUGGAAGGAGGAAAGUACAUGUUCCGCAUCCAUCGCUCACCCAUGUGUGAAUAUAUGAUCAACUUCAUCCACAAACUCAAACAUCUGCCUGAGAAAUACAUGAUGAACAGUGUACUGGAGAACUUCACCAUUCUACAGGUGGUGUCCAACAGAGAAACUCAGGAGACUCUGCUGUGCAUCGCCUUUGUGUUUGAAGUGUCCACCAGCGAACACGGAGCUCAGUACCACGUUUAUCGACUAGUUAACGACUAGCAGCGCGCUGCGUGCAUGCAGAGACUCUUCACAGACUUUUUUUUUUUUUUUUGAUACAUACAGCAUAAACACUAUUUCCAGCUCGACACACAGAACCCUCACUCCUCUGCUCUAAACACACACAACGUUGUUUAUUUUAAUUUUUUUUUUUUUUUCAGACCAACCGUCACACUAUAGUCAUACCUGUUGCUUAUUUAAAUGUGUAUUGUCUUUCUAUAGCUGCAAGUAUGCACACACUCUUAACAACGUGACUUAAAACACUACAAAGGAGUCAGGCACAGAAACAGUCAUUAUAGACUUUCUUUUCUUUUAGCAGUAAAAAUCACUCAUCACAUAUAAAUCAAGCUUAAUGUGCGAUAACUUUUCAUGAUAUACAAUGAGAAUAUUGCUGUGAGGAACUAAUGGUAUUAAUCUCCCCCCGGUAGAGUUCAUAUGUUGAACCACAUGAUCAUCUGAUGAGGGGAGUCAAUGGGGGUGUCAAUUUGCCACAAUGGCAAAACACUGAAAAGAAGACUGAAAGAAGUUUGGACACACAUCCAAGUAACGGUUAAAGCUAGUAGCUGUUAAAAAAAAAAAAAAACCUAAUCGUUUUUUUUCCAUAUAUGUGAAAGAAAGCUGGCAACACUAACCAGUAUCAAGUCUGUUCAGAUCUCAUGUUUGACUUUGUAUAAAUAUGAUGAUGAAUUAGCUUCCACUAUAAAGGCUAAACAUGUCCUAAUGCAUAUGUAAUUAGUCUGAAAAUGCAAUACAAAGACCGAAAUAAGGCAGAGCAUUUCUACAUUUAUAUUAGCUGCGAGUAUCACAGCUAGCAUUUGUACUUCUCUUUACACUUUGUCAAUGACGCUCACUGGCUAACUUCAUUUACUUCAUGAAUGCCCAAGCCUUUAGCUGUGAAACUAGUUAUGUAAGAAUAGCAUAACAGGUUAUGCUGUAGUCAUUGUUAACAUCCACAAGCAUUUCUCCCCCCAUUUAAAAAAAACAAAACGCACACAUAGACGAAAAAACAAACAAAUCUUAAUCCUUACUUAUUUAAUUCCCCUCUAGAGUAGACAGCAUGGAGAGAUAUCCAGUCAGCUUUGAUUAUCUUGGCAGUGAGUAUCUGUCAAAAUCAAUCAAACAAAGGUUCAUCUUAACACUAGUGACCGGGCAGGCUCUUCCAGUUGCCAGCUUAUCUUUCUCAGUCUUUCACGCCGUUAUCCGUUUAAACGUGAGCUGGUGAAACGCACACAUGAUUGACGGACGCUUCACUGCGUCGUCGGAGGCCGGCUCGGCUUUGAUUUGUAGCCCGCGGUGCAGCAACAAGCGGCGGGCGUCGGUUUGCAUAUUUUGUAUCGCUUCUUAUCGUCUUUUUCUCGCCCGUAGGCUGAAAGACUCACGGUUGUUUUUUUUUCGCGUUCGCUCCGAUAUAUCCUUAAAUGUCGUUUUGCAUUCACUCGAGCUUCGAGCGUCCUAAGCCUUCCUUUCUUUUAGGGAAACCGCUAUGUUGUCAUUUCCGGGGAGUUUCGAGCGUAUGCGUUUCCGUCACAGGUGUGACUGAUGUGAGACGAGUUUGAAUAUAGUUUGACAAACGAAUCAUUUAAUCAGUGUUAGUGUAACCUGCCACAAUGACUUAUUUCUUCUUCAGUCUGUAGUAUCUCUGGCAGAUACAGUUGGACUGAGCCUAGAAUGUUUUAUCCUCUGUUACUGCUUAGUGUGAAAUCAUGGCCGUCGAUCAGUUAAAACACACACACACACACACACACACACACACGUGGAUUACAGGGCAGAAAGUGUGAGCGCGCCUCAUGUCAGAAAAAUAAUGCACUACAUCUAAAGACGUACAGGUCGUAUUUAUAUUCGAAACGGUGUCGGAGUGCGGGGAGGCAUCGAUGUACAAGUAUUUGCUGUUUCUGGUAGUUAACGGGGAAAAUCUCAAGCAGGUGUUUUAAAAAAAAACAAACAGAGUAGAUCGCAAACCGUUCCUAUUUUAAAUGAGAGGACAAUCUUUACUGUUCCUCAACACAAUACUUUACUUUUUUACUUUUGACUGUGUGGGCUUGCUGCAGUAUUUCUACCUGCAUGCGAGCUGGGAUAAGAAUGUGCUUUGAUUCAUGAAGCCUUAAGCUGAGGAGCACUGAUGUAUAGGAUGUGUACACUACACUUGUAAUGGUACUGUUUAUAAGCCAAAACAAGGUUAAAUAGACUCGUUUUUGUAAAGAUCUUUUUUUGUAUUUCACCAGCACAGCAACAAGUGUUACUCUAAACAUCAUACAUGGUGGGUGUUUUGGUUGUAUCUUUUUUUUAUUAUUAUUAUUAUUAUUAUUAUUAUUUUUAUGAACGGUACAGACCUGAUUAAAGUCACCCACAGUGCACUGGGGUCGAUUUUUGCCUGAUAACACUAACAAGCUAUCCAGCUGACACUUUUUUUUUUCCUUUUGCUGUACGUAAUGUUUUGGAUUACUGGUACACAUGGCUACCAGCGUUUUAAUAGUAACUCAUACUUGACUCUUGUCACCCCCUCUCUUAUCUGUAGCCACACGGAGGGCAAUGAUUUGUCUUUCUAUUAUGACAAUAAGAGCUGUCUGGCUCCGUUUUAAAUAUGAUCGUCCUUUAACCUUCACUGUGUGGACGGCCAGAAGUGUUUAUUUUUUUGUUUGUUUGUUGUUGUGUUUUUUUGGAUCGUGUCUUUACUGUCUGUGUGUUUAGUUUGGCUGUGCCUCAUCACUCCUUUGGUCAAGUCUGCUCAGCGAAUUAAAUCUGUGCCUUUUACUCUGUACCAAUAAAAUCACAUGGUGGUGACAUUUACACAA